AUAGGCCCCUAUAUACCGCCUCCUCAUGCUGCUGCCAGGCCCCUAAUCUGCCAUAGGCCCCUAUAUACCGCCUCCUCAUGCUGCUGCCAGGCCCCUAAUCUGCCAUAGGCCCCUAUAUACCGCUUCCUCAUGCUGCUGCCAGGUCCAGAGUGUGUCAUGGGUCCCUGUACGGCCUCCCAUUGCUGCUGUCUCUAUCGCCACACUCUGCCAUGUGCCACUUUCAGGUCUCCUCACACUGCUGGUGGUUUCCAUUUUUGUCAUAGGGUGCUGUAUGGCCUCCCAUUGCUGCUGCCUCCACCGCCACACUGUGGCUCCACACUCUGGUUUUGGCCCCGUGACUGCCCAAAUGAGUGAAGUGUGCGGUGAUUCUAAGAUCGACGGCACUCAUCUGCAUGUCAUACUGCCUGACAGUAUUAUUUCUCUUCCCCAGCAGACUCCAAGGGCAUUUAAAUUAAAGGUACAGUGUUCAGCACUAAUAUUA